UGACAAAUCUUCUGUCAUUUUUUGUGAAAAGUGGGUGUUCAAUGCACAAUAAAAUUACUAAAUAAACAGUAAAAAUACCGUAAGUUUGGACAGUUAUGAUCUCCUGAAAAACAGCUAUGGAGGGGUUGCCGUCGGGGGAUAUACAGGCUAAGUACCAGAAGCUAGCGUCAGAGUAUUCUAAGUUGAGGGUGCAUGUAAAGGUAUUGAAAAAGGGGGUUCUAGAUGAGCAGGCGAAGUCAAAUGAGCUACGGGACUUGUUGAAAGAAAAGGAGAAAUCUUUGAGGAAAGGAGAGUUGGAAAUAGAUUCGUUAACUUUUAGAAAUCAGCAGUUAACACGGCGGGUGUCCGUCCUUCAGGAUGAACUGGAAGCGUUACAGUUGAAACUGAGCAAGAAAGGAAAAGGCAAGGGAGAUGAUAAGCAGCCGGCUCCAAGCAGUGCAGCUGGACCGUUGGACUCCGGUCUGCUGCAGGAGGAGCUACAGAAGAAGAUCAUUGAGAAUGCACAGUACGCUUCACAGCUUUCAGAUAAAACAUUUGAAGUGUCACAACUGAAGGCUUCGCUGGAAGAUUACCAGAGGUUGAUCAGUGAGAGUGAUAGCAAAUUCAAGUGUGAGAUUGCCAAGUUGCGGAACAAAAACCAGGAGUUACAGUUUGCGCUGGAAGAGGCACAGAAGGAGAGGCUGAGUGGCACGCCCAACAAGCACCACGCACCUUCCAGUAGCCAGGCCGCUAGCUGCAAUGGAGACUUCUUGUCAGAAGGAGGGAGUCUUAUCGGCAGUGAAGAUGCGCUUAGUUCUGUAGACGAUUUAAAUAUCAACGAGCAAAUUAACAUGAAGACACAUACGUUAGAACAGGAAAACCAAAAACUAAGAAUGGAAUAUGAACUCGUUCAGAUGGAGAAUGAGAGCCUUAAAUUAGAAGUAAGCAAGUACGUCUCCGCGUCGCAGAAACGAAGAGGCGACGGCCACGACAGCGGGGACUUCAACAACUUUACAGAGACUUCUAUAGACGCCGAGGGGAAGGUCACAGGACUCCUAGGAAGCCUAUCAGUGCCCUUCCUACUGAACCAUGAAAUCCAGUCCAGGGAAGACCGCAUGAAGACAUACUUUAGAAACAUGCUCAGCGAACUACAAGUUGAGAAGGAAGAGUUGAAAAGCAAGACUGAACAUUAUGUGAAAGAGUGUGAGAUGCUGCGGCUACGGUUCGAGGAGCUGGAGCGAGACAAGCAGGCGGAUGCGCGUGCGCUGGACGACAAGCAUAACACCAUCAGCAGGCUGGAGGAAGAGCUACACUCGACGUCACACAACUACGAGGAGCAGAUGUGCGUGCUGACAGAGCACGUGGCGGGCCUCAACGAGCAGCUGGCUCGCCAGCACGACCAGAUCGACCACCUCAAGCACCAGCUCGCCACCAAGAGGAAGUAACACCAACUGAGCCGCGUACGGCCCACAACUGUCUUUGUAGGUAAUCUGAAACAGGUCAAACGACAACGCUAGUUCUGGUACUAAAUAAACGUAAACGAGCAGCUAACUACUGGUGUAGAAAACUGUAACACUCCGCACCGCACCAAUUCGUAUUAGGCCAACCUCACCCCCUCUGGGUCGUACUUCAGUCAUGUCCGUAAGCCGCUAAGGAGUAAGUGGGAAAGCGCGCGGUCUGUAUGGCCUACCGUUAAGCGGCACACGGUAGCAAUGUCAUUUUUCUAUGGAGUGUCUCCGGCAGUCGCUUGAAAGCAAUGCAAUAGUUGAUAAUAUCAUAAAGGGCGCAAAAUAAUAUUUAUACGCCGAGUAAGUACUUCGCCCGAUUUAAAAAUAAUUUUGCAGAUAAAUUCUGUUUCUCAUCACUCUGUAAGAUAUACGUUCGCGCGUUUUUCAUUUGUUUGUUUUUUCCGGCUAACCUGCCAGUGAUUUUUCCAUACAAUAUUUUCAUUCGGUCUCUUUGGUCGUGGAGCAUCACAUAUUAUGUAUUAUUAUGGAACAUUGUUCAUAUUCCUAAUUCAAAACUCAUUUCUAGGCGCUGUGUGAGUGUUUCUCUUGGGGAAGACACUUAUUUUGGUCGCACUUAUAUACGAACCAAUCAUAGUUCUCUGUAAAAUUGCAAAUAUGUUCCGCGUUUCGAUGAUUACUAGAAGAAUUUGGAAAAGGCCUUAUAUCUAUUGAUUAAUGCACAAAAUAUUGUCAGGUGUCUAAACUAACCGAAAUAAAUAUACUACUAUAUUCUGCUUAAAUCUAACUGUUUCAAGGAAGCUAAGUCAUGUGAAUAUUAGAACUCUGUCGGGUUAACAUAUUGGCCGUUUAAAUAUAUGUAUUUCGUAUUUGAUUCAUUAAAAAAGGUAAAUAUGACAUGGUACUACAGUGUUUUACGUUUAGUUGUUUUACGUGCUUGUAACUGUACAUCGCCUCUAAUAUACUUACAUCUAAUUAAAAUAUAGAAAUGCUAGAAAAAUAUAGAUUUUUUAGAGAUUUUAGAGAUUUUUUUUCCUUGAAAUAAAAAGACGAUUUAUAAGUACUAAGAGAUACGAAUUAUUAUCACCAGAUCCUCUACAAAAAAUUGCGUACUUUUUACGACUAUUUGUUCGUAUUCUUUAACUUCCAAAUGAGAAGAUUAGAUGCAAGUUUUGUACAGGCAAAAUUAUAAGUGCGGAUUAUCCUUCGCAUACCUGCGCAGUAGAUUAGUGGAGGUUCUGGGCCAAACACAAAGCUCUGUAAUCAGAGUUUUCAAGCAUAAGCUGGAAAGUAAGAGUCAGGUUACCUUAACCACCCAUGUAAUGUGUGACGCAGGGAAAAGCAGGUCUUUUUUUUCGAUUUGUCCAUUCGGGCAGGCAAAGGUACCUUAGCCCAAACAGACAAGAUCAAAUACCAGGCUGUAUGGUCUUAUUUGUAUCGCUGUCUAUAAAGGUCAAGGCCAGUAAUGUGUCGUUCCCGGGAAAGAUCCAAAGUGGGAAUGUUCCUGUUGUAAAGACUCUUUAUUAACAAGGGCGCUGGCUGCGUGUUUUUUUUUAAAUUGUUUUUUCUUGUACUUUGAGCCUAUCUGAUUAAGAGCUAGGUAAUAAAGCUCUUUUUACAUAACUUUUGCGUGUUUUUAUCCGGGAAUGUUCCCAAAGUGGGAAUAUUCUGGGAAUAGCACACCACUGGUCAAGGCAAAAGUGUUAGUAGAAAAGAAAAUUAAAAGGUAGGCAACAUUCAAAAUUAAAAUAUUUAAAUAAAGAAUCUUCUCUCUGAUUUGAAUAAAGAAUCUAAUCUUUAUUUAGAUAUUUUAAUGUUUGGCAGAAUUGCAUAGUAGCUAACAACAGGCAGAUAGUCAACAUACUUUAUGCGCCUACUGGACGUAAAUAUGAAAUACACGAAAUGAUAUGUCCGUUAGAAUAAUGUUUAUAUUAUAAAGCAUUGUUUAUUAUUACGUUACAUUGAUCACGGGAGUAGAAUAAUUGUAAAAAUGUUCUCGAAAUUAGUAUAAAGUUUGUUCAAAGCUUAUUUAUUGUGCAAAGGAAAUGUUUAUAGCAAAAUUUUUGGAGAAUUAUUUUGUGAUUCGUCUAUAAGGUACAUAAUUGUUUGAGAAGACAAGCGUUUGGUAAACGAGAUUGUUGUAUAUUUUUAUAUUUUCAAAUUAUUUGAUUCUUGUAAAGUCUUUGAUAACUUGUCACUCGACAACUUACUUCCUUGCUAGACCUUUGCUAGGCAGUUCUAUAUCAAUAUUUGCCUCGUUACUUUUUUGUGAAUUUUUCUAUGUGAAAUAUAUCCUGUUUAUUUCUGUCUUUUAAACUUACUCCUCUUACUCUUGUGAAUACACUAAGCUGUUUAAAAAAAUAUAUAUUUAAUUUUCGUUGGAAUUCUUAGCAUAAAAAGUGCAAACACUUAAGUUGGAGUUGGCAACAUUUAUCAUCCACGACGAGAUCUUACCAAUGUUGCCAAUGUAGGGUUUAAAUUUUACUCGUAUUUUCUGACAUGUGUUUCCGUUGCCGAUUCUGGCAGAUGCCAAUUUAACAGUUCCAAAACUAGCUCUGUCCCUGUCUUGCAGUUAUCGUUAGAGAAGGAUAGCACUGUUUAAAGCGCUGUCAAAUUGUCUGUCUAAUAGAGUUGGCAGCAAUUUAUGAUGUUUCCCUAUUUCUUUCUUGAACUAGGUGAACUAGUCUGCAGCUUUUAGCAUUCCUACAGACCUAAUGACGUCACUAAGGUCUAAGAGUGGCCUAUUUUUGAUGUUCAUAACUUAUUGGCUUGUGAUAUUUUUUAGUUACUUCGUCCCCACCCGUUCUCGAACGUGCAAACUUUCAGCCAAUCACAGGCCUCAGCUCAACUAUGACGUGAUAAACGAGACACGUGAUUGGUCAAUAAGUUCAGCACCGGUGCAUUGACGAAAUCAUUUCGGCUUAGUUUUAUUGUUUCCGCGACUUGUAAAAUAGUCAGUCCAGGUUAUGCUUCAGUUACUUUAAGUUGUAGAAAUCAAAUUGAAAUUAUGUAAACAUACCUAUUUAUGUGUAUAAAAUGAUUUUGGUAUACCACUAUACAGUGUAUGUAUAUUUUAAGGUUAAAAAUAACUACGAAUAAAAUGUAAUAAUUUUGAA